UCUGUCAGUCAAAUUCAUAGAAACUUCAGUGUAGUUUUAUUUGUUGUGAACGUUCUUUGCACAAAAUUUUCCUUUUCUUUAGAAUUUUCUUAAAUAAAUCCAGCAAAAAUGUCUGCAACGUUUAGGCUGGCCAAGCAGAAGUAUUCGCAAAGUGAUUUGCGUCGAAUGAUGCACGAGCAGAGGCAGAGAUCGCAGAAAACGAACGUCUCGGAGAAACCGAAGAUCGACUCACCUCUAGCAAAGUAUAAUGAAUUGGGGCAACUCACCUGUAUUCUGUGCCAGAGCGUCGUACGAUCGGAGGAUGUGUGGAAGGUUCAUGUGAAUGCGAAGCUGCACAAGGAGAAUGUGGAGAAGGCUAGGAAGCUCAAGGAGGAGACACAGAACUUCAAAACACCCCUAAAGCGACCUGCCACGUCCUCUGCCCCAGCAGAUGUGGAGCCACCGAAGAAAAUCAAGGGGAUUCUGAAGAAUGCUAAUCCACCACCAAGGCAGCAACAAGCACCAUCUGCAGGACCCAGCAAAGCCACAAAUUCAUCUCAGGGAGCCCUUCCGAGUGACUUCUUUGACACAUCGAAGGGCUCCAAGGGUGCAUCAAAGGCAAAAGCAACCGAGAAGCCCACUGAGGUGGAAGAGAAGAUGGACACGGAGGCAGGAAAGGAUGAUACCCUUCCGGAAGGUUUCUUCGAUGAUCCCGUUAAGGACGCGAAAGCACGUAAUCAGGAAUACAAAGACCCCGUUGAGGAGGAAUGGGAGAAAUUCCAAAGGGAAAUUCGGGAAGCAGCUACAGAAUCCAAUGCAAUCAUUGCUGAGGAUCAGGAGGAAUCCACAGCUGAACGACAAAUCGUGGAGAUUGAUGAGCAAAUUCGCAACUGGUCGCGUGUUUUGGAGAUUCAGCGACGAAAGGAAGCUGCAGCGGAAGAAUUGGAACGUUCAAAGGCCAAAAGUAUGGAGAUGGAUGAGGAGAGUGGCAGCGAUGACGAUGCCGAGCAGUUUGAUGAGUUUGUCGACUGGAGGGCUAAGAAGUCCCACAGAUAGACGCAUAGAAAUUGUCCGGAAUUAAUUUUAAGUGAUUCGUAAUUAAAUGAUUUAUUUCAAAUGUAA